AUGAUACAAAUCAUCUGGUUGAGCUUUCUGAUUUGUAUUGUUUUGGCUGAGAAUGAAACUAUCUCUCUACUAAAUCUCGACAUAGAUGACAUUACAUGGGAUGACUGUAGCAAUGGGUACUUCUCAACUAAUUUCAACAUCCUUGAUAGCACCAAUUUGGAGUCGAUUCUGGGUUCAAGCAUUGAUGCUCAUAAAAGCGAACCAAGAAAUACUGGUAGAGAAUUACCAGGAACAUCUGCUGGGAAUUUGGAGGAUAGCAUUUCAUCUGAUUUUUCGCACUUUGAUUUUACUGAUUUGUGGAAAAGUGAACAUAGAAGCAAUGAGGAUUCGAAAAUCGGAACCGUUCUAAUCACAACAGGAAAUUCUCAGUUGCAAGAAUUGCCGAGAACAGAUGGUGAGAAUAUGCAUAGUAGCAUUUCGGCAAACAUUGAGAAGCCCGACAUAAAACCUGAUCUUGUUCCUGCAAAAAACUCAAAGUUGUUUGUUCCUCAAAACGUUUCCAUUACAGACCGGAAAAAUUACGAGUGUCCCCAUAUCGGGUGUGCUAUGAUAAUGAAGAAUUACAAUCAAUACAUAGCUCACAGGAAAACGCAUCCCAAACCUUUUAUUUAUGAAUGCAAAGUGUUCGGUUGUGGGCGAACAUUCAAUUAUCCAUCAUCAUUGUCCCGUCAUCAGGAAAUGCACCGGCCCAAAGUUCAGUGCGGAGACUGUGGCAAAAUUUUCAGCUGUAAAAAUAAUUUGAAGUUUCACAAGAAGCGUUGUACGAAAGCUCCACAUGAGGAAAAUUACGAGUGUCCCCAUGUCGGAUGUACUAUGAAAACAAAAAAUUACAAGGAAUACAUAGCUCACAGGAAAACGCACCCCAAACCUUUUGUUUAUGAGUGCAAAGUGUCGGGUUGUGGGCGAACAUUCACUCAUCCAUCAUCAUUCUCCUUUCAUCAUGAAACACACAAGCUUAAUGUUCAUUGCGAAAAUUGUGGCAAAAUUUUCAUCUAUAGGAAUAAUCUAAGCGCUCAUAGGAAGCAUUGUACGAAAGCUCCACGUUAG